AUGGUGUGUUUUGCUCUGACUGGGCUGGAUAUCUGCUUUGAUGAACACCAGGUUGUUAUCCUCAAGACAGUGAAUAAGCACCCGUCCAACUUUGCCGCUGUGGAGGUAUUGAAAUGCUUCUGUGCUUUGUUGCUCCUCAUCUGACCCAGCCACACAGAGACAAGACAACAUAAUUGAAGAUGUCUUCGUAGGUGAUAUGUGGCAAUUUUUUUAUGUCGUCCAAGGCUGAAAAACGGCAAUAGAACGUUGGCUAAGCUGGAACACUAGCGCGAGCCCAUAGCAAAUGAAUUGAAUCGAACGUUCGCAGAGCCUAUUUUGACUGGAAUUAUGCUUAGAAUUCAAUUUCGCCUAAAUGGUACAAAAAAAUGUAUCCCUUUUCAUAUCACCACUACAAUCUGUUUUUAGGACGAAACUGAAAAAAAACCUACUUGUGUAGAAAGUAAACAUCCGCACCUCGAACUGUGUUUAUGUCUGAGUAAUGAGAAGUAGGGAAAAAAUGAAAACUUCUGACUAUUUCUGGUCUAGUGAUCGAUGACAACCAAGCUCGCUGCCCAGACUUACAUAAUUACAAAGAGGAGAUUCUCCUGAUUAAAAUGGUGUCCGACUUGAAAAAAUCUAAAUAUACACAUUGAGAGAUAUUUGGCCAAAUAGACCAGCAUGCUUCUCCAUAGGAAAACAAUGGGCGGAGCUCAGGGUUGCAAGGGCAGAAAGUAUUUUGGGGCUAGCAUUUGAUGACAACCGAGCUCGCUGACCAGACUUACAUCAUUACAAAGAGGAGAUUCUCAUGAUUAAAAUGGUGCUCAACUUGAAAAAAUCUAAAUAUACACAUUGUGAGAUAUUUAGCAAAAUAGACAGACAUACCUAUAUUUCCCCUAUAGAAAACAAUGGGACGACCUCAGAGUUCCAUGAGUAAUGUUUUGUUGUUGACGUUUUAACUACCAGCGUGGGCAGGUCUCAUUGCCAACAAUAGCGAAGCAGACAUUGUGACGUAGAACAGUGGUCUGGGAAUAGAACGUUAUGAAGGUGAGUUGGUGCCACAGUGCUCAAUAGAACUAAUAGGAGCUGGCAGGGUGAAAAAUGCCCUAAAAUAAUACUUUUUUCGUGAUUACUUCAAAACUACGACAAGCAGCUGGGACAUAUGGUAAUAUUAUGAAACUGGGCUCCACGGCGGAUGCAAUGAACUCGUUUUUAUCAGGAAAAAAGCGUUGUUAAAAAUGUCAUGUGUCCAGAUCAGAGUGAGCCGCCAGCAAUCCAGAGCGGAGACUCGUUGCUAAGCAACUCACAGACGCAGUCUGCAGUGGAGCAGUGGGAGAGAGAGUAGCAGCACGAAACCGCUAACAACAACACGCCUUAAUCACACCGACAGUGCUUAUGCAAAAUGUUACGCAGCGUCAUCUGGAUAUGCGUGCAACAAAAGUUCAACAUUCACCUUCUGCUACCAUUUCUGUCAAGCCGGGACGCAUACAGUUUGAUGCAUACAUUCGAUAAAUCCAAGGUAUGCACCACACCAGAACGCACUGCAACUGCCUCUGCAACGCAAUGCUGCAAGGCUUACGCAGCAAUAUACUUCUGGUGCACCAAAAUGCAAUGAACCUGUCUGUGUGAUCGAGGCGUAAGCUAGAAACCAACAACGUUUCACAGCAUUUCGAUCCUGGUCUACUGGUUUUCAUAUCAACUUUCUUUCGUUGUCCAGAAGCCAAAGGCACAGUCCUAGUCAUAUUAACAACCCAUCCUAGUUGUUGCAUAUUUAAGUAUUCCCUCUUUCUAAAGGAGAUGUUCAUCUCUGUCACAUGAAACGGCUCGCAUAUCAGGUGUGUCUUCUAGAACAGCUUUUUUCCCCACAAAUUGCAAUUUGGCAAAUGUUUGAAAAUUACAUUCUCUGCUUCAUUACAGUAGUUGCAUGUUCAACAAUAUGAGAGGCUAGGCUUGCUAUUGUCGCAUGUUCUUUAAGCUCUUAAUGAAAAAAUGUCAGUUCCUUCCAUGCAUAGUAUUUUCUGUUGGUCACUUAAUUUUACUGUUUUGAACAAAUGUAACCAUUUGUUAACCAGUUAAUGGGGGCUGGUUAGUCGGCAACAAAAUGUACCUACAUUUGCAUCCCUAAUCGGGUCCAUUAAUUUUUUUCUACAUCUUAAGCUAACUAGAGGUAGGCCUAUGCUUUUGGCCAUUUUCUUUAGCAAAAGCCACAAUACCCUCACAUGCCACAAUACCCUCAAUUAGAAACCUGGAUUUAAUUUAACACACCAAGCCCUUUACUGACACAGAUAUUUAAGCAGUGCAUGGUGACUGAAAGAAUUGGCUGGCAAAAUCUAUGGAUAGUAGACUAUGAUUUUGUCUGUCAAACAGGUAGGCCUACCUCUUAUUUCUUGAAUAGGAAGAAAUAGGCUCCAACACAAAAUCCUAUUAUUGUAAGUAGCUUCAAGUCAAAUUAAAAUGAAGAAUGUUUAAAUGAAUUAGGCCUUCUCGAAUUAGCCUACUUUCAGCACCCAUGCGCUGUCCAUCUCCGCGGCUGCGCUUCAUAGUAAUGUAAGUUAUGUAAAUUACUCGAAUAUGGUUUAUUGUGAGGUCAAUAACUCUGAUAAAAAGCUACAUUAUGGGCAAAGAAAUGUGUUUUUUAAAUUAAAAUAAAUGAUAGCAGUAGCAAGCUUACCUCCGGUCCUCCUUCUCAUCUUGGCGCUCUACCUCUCAAACUGAACGGUACAUCAGUAUAGCCUAUGGAUCAUUUGACUGAGACCACUCUAGGCGCACUUGAUAUUGCGAGGCCAGCAGAAAAUCAGGGAUGGGGGCAGCAUCGGCCACACAUCGAGAUAUAAUAAGCAACUCAUUCUCAAACCCUGAGCAAUAUGACAUUUAAAUCGAUGAUAAAUUAAAUGACCCUACCCUGGACUACAUUUUUUUUAAAUACUAAACUCUCUCCCUUACUAAAAUUGAAAAAGCAUGACCCUCCCCCUUUUUCCUCUGGGUAAUUGUGUAAUUUUCAACCACUCCCUAACAUGAUGCAGCCAACACUAUGCUUGAAAAUAUGCAGAGUGGUACUGAGUAAUGUGUUGUAUUGGAUUUACCCCAAACAUAACACUUUGUAUUCAGGACAAAAAGUUAAUUGCUUUGUCACAUUUUUUGCAGUAUUACUUUAAUUCCUUGUUGCAAACAGGAUGCAUGUUUUGGAAUAUUUGUAUUCUGUACAUGCUUCCUUCUUUUUGCGUUCAAUUAGGUUAGUAUUGUGGAGUAACUACAAUGUUGUUGAUCCAUCCUCAGUGUUCUCCUAUCACAGCCAUUAAACUCUUAUCUGUUUUAAAGUCACCAUUGGCCUCAUGGUGAAAUCCCUGAACGGUUUCCUUCCUCUCUGGCAACUGAGUUAGGAAGGACGCCUGUAUCUUUGUAGUGACUGGGUGUAUUGAUACACCAUCCAAUGUGUAAUUAUUAACUUCACCAUGCUCAAAGGUAUCUUCAAUGUCUGCUUUAUUUUAUUUUUACCCAUCUACCAAUAGGUGCCCUUCUUUGCGAGGCAUUGGAAAACCUCCCUGGUCUUUGUGGUUGAAUCUGUGUUUGAAAUUCACUGUUCGACUGAGGGACAUACAGAUAAUCGUAUGUGUGGGGUACAGAGAUGAGGUAGUCAUUAAAAAAACAUGUUAAACACUAUUAUUGCACACAGAGUGAGUCCAUGCAACUUAUUAUGUGACUUGUUAAGCACAUUUUUACUCCUGAACGUAUUUAGGUUUGCCAUAACAAAGGAGUUGAAUACUUAUUGACUCAAGAUACAUUUUUAAUACUUUUUGUAAAAUAUUGAAAAACAUAAUUCCACUUUGACAUUAUGGGGUAUUGUGUGUAGGCCAGUGACCAAAAAUCUCAAUUUAUACAUUUAAAAUUCAGGCUGUAACACAACAUAAAUGUGGAAAAAGUCAAGGGGUGUAAAUACUUUCUAAAAGGCACUGUAUAUGUGCACACACACACGUGCGCGUGCCACACUAACGUGCCACAUGAACAUGCGUAGAGAACAAAAAUGUGCAGGUCAGGUGUGAAACUGCCCCAGACCAUUGGAACAGCCGGGUAUAGUUUUAACUGAAUGUGUUUGUGCGGUUCCUCAGAAAUUGUGCUUCGGGAAUCCUCUGGCCCCCCAAGCUCUGGAGGACGUGAAGACGGUUGUAUGGAAGAACACGAGCGACGGGGUUCAGGAUAACGGCAUUACGCUGAACGGUGAGGGAUGAACCUACAGUGAGAUGGCUCAGCCUUUCAUGAUAUAGGACUUGGGGAAUGUUGGGUUUAGCCUUUGGUAAAAUUGUGGAAUUCAAUGUUGCUAGUGUCAAUAGUUUAAGUAUUCAGCCUAUGCAAUAACAGCUUUAACAGACAUGAUUCUAAUUGUAUCCUCUUCCACCAGGCUUCCUGUUCCUCAACACACUAUUCAUCCAAAGGGGGCGGCACGAGACCACAUGGACCAUCCUGAGGAAGUUUGGUUACGACGACUCGCUGGAGCUGAUGGAUGACUACCUAUACCCACAGUAUGUGUUCUGGCUCCACUACUGUAUGUUUCUGACCCACUCACAGACAUAUAGGAGAGAAAGUUGGUUACCUCCCCCAACGAUGUAAUGUGAUAUCGGAGAUGAUACUGCACAAGUAUUGUCACAGGUUUUUGGUGAGUCAGUGUUGUCCAGAAAACAUCAUGUCGUUACAUAUUUACAUAAGUAUUCAGACCUUUUGCUAUGAGACUCGAAAUUGAGCUCAGGUGCAUCCUGUUUCCAUUGAUCAUCCUUGAGAUGUUUCUAUAACUUGAUUGGAGUCCACCUGUGGUAAAUUCAAUUGAUUGGACAUGAUUUGGAAAGGCACACACCUUUCUAUAUAAGGUCCCACAGUUGACAGUGCAUGUCAGAGCAAAAACCAAGCCAUGAGGUCGAAGGAAUUGUCCGUAGAGCUCCGAGACAGGAUUGUGUCGAGGCACAGAUCUGGGGAAGGGUACCAAAACAUUUCUGCAGCAUUGAAGGUCCCCAAGAACACAGUGGCCUCCAUCAUUCUUAAAUGGAAGAAGUUUGGAACCACCAAGAUUCUUCCUACAGUUGCCCACCUGAGCAAUCGGGGGGAGAAGGGCCUUGGUCUGGGAGGUGACCAAGAACCCGAUGGUCACUCUGACACAGCUCUAGAGUUCUUCUGUGGAGAUGGGAGAACCUUCCAGAAGGACAACCAUCUCUGUAGCACUCCACCAAUCAGGCCUUUAUGGUAGAGUUGCCAGACGGAAGCCACUUCUCAGUAAAAGGCACAUGACAGCCCGCAUGGAGUUUGCCAAAAGGCACCUAAAGACUCUCAGACCAUGAGAAACAAGAUUCUCUGGUCUGAUGAAACCAAGAUUGAACUCUUUGGCCUGAAUGCCAAGCGUCACAUCUGGAGGAAACCUUGGCACCAUCCCUACGGUGAAGCAUGGUAGUGGCAGCAUCAUGCUGUGGGGAUGUCUUUCAGCGGCAGGGACUGGGAGACUAGUCAGGAUCGAGGGAACGAUGAAUAGAGCAAAGUACAGAGAGAUCCUUGAUGAAAACCUGCUCCAGAGCGCUCAGGACCUCAGACUGGGGCGAAGGUUCACCUUCCAACAGAACAACGACCCUAAGCACACAGCCAAGCCAACACAGGAGUGGCUUCGGGACAAGUCUCUGAAUGUCCUUGAGUGGCCCAGCCAGAGUCCGGACUUGAACCCGAUCGAACAUCUCUGGAGAGACCUGAAAAUAGCUGUUCAGCGACGCUCCCCAUCCAACCUGACAGAGCUUGAGAGGAUCUGCAGAGAAGAAUGGGAGAAACUCCCCAAAUACACCUGUUCCAAGCUUGUAGCGUCAUACCCAAGAAGAAUCGAUGCUGUAAUCGCUGCCAAAGGUGCUUCAAAAAAGUACUAAGUAAAGGGUCUGAAUACUUAUGUAAAUGUAAUAUUUAAGUUUAGUAUUUUUAAUAAAUUAGCAAACAUUUCUAAACCUAUUUUUGCUUUGUCAUUAUGGGGUAUUGUGUGUAGAUUGAUACAAUAAAAAAAGUAAAUACAUUUUUUUUUUGUUGAAUAAAGCUGUAAAAAAGUCAAGGGGUCUGAAUACUUUCUGAAGGAACUGUAUAUGGCUGUGUUCUAUGUGUUGACAGGCUACGGGUGCCCGUGGGCUGCACUACCGAGCUCAAUCAUCUGGGUCACCAGUUUCUCCAGAGGCUGUUUGACAAGUAUGACGAGGUGAGUGACCACCUCAGUGGCCAUCAGGAAGUCCAUUUAUAUCCAUCUGUCUGUUUGUCAACAAAGCAUUAAGCUGGUUAUAUUUAAGUGUAAAGAGAAUACAUCUCCCCAGUUUAUUUUAAUCCAUUACAGUCUAAAUAUUUAGGACAAACUUAUUUUUUGCCACCCAUUCUGAAACUGACUGCAGCUCUUUAAGUGUUGCAGUAAUUUCACUCGCUGUAGUAGCUGACGUGUAAUGUGUUGUCAUCCGCAUACAUAGACACUCUGGCUUUACUCAAAGCCAGUGGCAUGUCAUUAGUAAAGAUUGAAAAAAGUAAGCUGCCCUGGGGAAUUCCUGAUUCUAUCUGGAUUAUGUUGGAGAGGCUUCCAUUAAAGAACACCCUCUGUGUUCUGUUAGACAGGUAACUCUUCAUACACAAUAUAGCAGGGGGUGUAAAGCCAUAACACAUAUGUUUUUCCAGCAGCAGACUAUGAUCGAUAAUGUCAAAAGCCGCACUGAAGUCUAACAAAACAGCUCCCACAAUCUUUUUAUCAUCCAUUUCUCUCAGCCAAUCAUCAGUCAUUAGUGUAAGUGCCGUGCUUGUUGAAUAUCCUUCCCUAUAAGUGUGCUGAAAGUCUGUUGUCAAUUUGUUUACUAUAAAAUUACAUUGUAUCUGGUCAAUCAAAUUCUUUCCAAAAGUUUACUAAGGCUUGGUAACAGGCUGAUUGAUCAGCUAUUUGAGCCAGUAAAGGGGGCUUUACUAUUCUUGGGUAGCGGAAAGACUUUUGCUUCCCUCCAGGCCUGAGGGCACACACUUUCUUGUAGGCUUAGAUUGAAUAUAUGGCAAAUAGGAGUGGCAAUAUUGUCCGCUAUUAUCCUCAGUAAUUUUCCAUCCAAGUUGUCAGACCCAGGUGGCUUGUCAUUGUUGAUAGACAACAAUAAUUUAUUCACCUCUUCCACACUCACUUUUCGGAAUUCAAAAUUACAAUGCUUGUCUUUCAUAAUUUGGUCAGUUAUACUUGGAUGUGUAGCGUUGGCGUUUGUUGCUGGCAUGUCAUGCCUAAAUUUGCUAAUCUUGUCGAUGAAAAAAUCAUUAAAGUAGUUGGCAAUAUCAGUGGGUUUUGUGAUGAAUGAGCCAUCUGAUUCAAUGUAUGAUGGAGCGGAGUUUGCGUUUUUGCCCAAAAUGUCAUGUAAGAUGCUCCAAAGCUUCUUACUGUCAUUCUUUAAAUCAUUUAUCUUUGUUUCAUAGUGUAGUUUCUUCUUUUUAUUCAGUUCAGUCACAUGAUUUCUCAAUUUGCAGUACGUUUGCCAAUCGGUUGUGCAGCCAGACUUAUUAGCCAUUCAUUUUGCUUAAUCCCUCUCAACCAUAAACAUUUUAAAUUCCACAUCAAUCCACAGGGAUUUACAGUUUUUACAGUCAUUUUCUUAAUGGGUGUAUGCUUAUUAGUAACUGGAAUAAGCAAUUUCAUAAAUGUGUCAAGUGCAGCGUCUGGUUGCUCCUCAUUACACACCACAGACCAGCAAAUAUUAUUUACAUCGUCAACAUAGGAAUCACUAAAAAAUUGCUUGUAUGACCUCUUAUACACUAUAUUAGUCCUAGAUAUGGCUACUAUAUUGUGAUCACUACAUACGAUGGAUUUGGAUACUGCUUUAAAGCAGAUUUCUGCAGCAUUUGUAAAGAUGUGAUCAAUAGAUGUUGAUGAUUUCAUUCCUUUGCUGUUUGUAAAUACCCUGGUAGGUUGACUGAUAACCUGAACCACUGGUUACAGUUUGAAGCUUUUUCUUGAGUGGGCAGCUUGAUGAAAGCCAGUCAAUAUUAAGGUCACCCAGAAAAUAUACCUCUGUUGAUGUCACAUACCUUAUCAAGCACUUCAGACGUAUUAUCCAGAUACUGACUGUUAGCACUUGGGGGUCUAUAGCAGCUUCCCACAAGAAUGGGCUUUAGGGAAGGCAGGUGAACCUGUAGACAUAUUACUUCAACAGUAUUUAACAUGAGAUCCUCUCUAAUCUUUACAGGAAUGUGGCUCUGAAUAUAGACCGCAACACAGACCCCAUUGGCUUUUCUGUAGAUGUUAUAACCAUGUAUUGCUACCACUGUAUCAUCAAAGGUAUUAUCAAAUCAAAUCAAAUGUUAUUUGCCACAUGCACCUAAAACACCUUACAGUGAAAUGCUUACUUACAAGCCCUUAACCAACAACGCAGUUUUAAGAAAAAUAAGUGUUAUGGCUUUUUCUUAUCUAUUUUACAUAUCUCAGACUGGCCAAUAAAAAGAAAAGAUUAAGAUGGACAGUCUGAGAUAUGGCUUUUUCUUUGCAACUAUGCCUAGAAGGUCAGCAUCCCAGAGUCGCCUCUACACUGUUGACGUUGAGACUGGUGUUUUGCGGGUACUAUUUAAUGAAGCUGCCAGUUGAGGACCUGUGAGGCGCCUGUUUCUCAAACUAGACACUAAUGUAUUUGUGCACCGGGGCCUCCCACUCCUCUUUUUAUUCUGGUUAGAGCCAGUUUGCGCUGUUCUGUGAAGGGAGUAGUACACAGCGUUGUACGAGAUCUUCAGUUUCUUGGCAAUUUCUCGCAUAGAAUAGCCUUUUUUUCUCAGAACAAGAAUAGACUGACAGUUUCAGAAGAAAGUGAUAUGUUUCUGGACAUUUUGAUCCUGUAAUCGAACCCACAAUUGCUGAUGCUCCAGAUACUCAACUAGUCUCAAGAAGGCCAGUUUUAUUGCUUCUUUAAUCAGCACAAAAGUUUUCAGCUGUGCUAACAUAAUUGCAAAAGGGUUUUCUAAUGAUCAAUUAGCCUUUUAAAAUGAUAAACUUGGAUUAGCAAAUACAACGUGCCAUUGGAACACAGGACUGAUGGUUGCUGAUAAUGGGCCUCUGUACGCCUAUGUAGAUAUUCCAUUAAAAAUCAGCCGUUUCCAGCUACAAUAGCCAUUUACAACAUUAACAAUGUCUACACUGUAUUUCUGAUCAAUUUGAUGUUAUUUUAAAUGGACAAAAAAAUUGUUUUUCUUUCGAAAACAAAGACAUUUCUAAGUGACCCCAAACUUUUGAACGGUAGUGUACAUGUGGGUAGAGUUAAAGUGACUAUGCAUAGAUAUUAAACAGAGUAGCAGCAGCGUAAAAGAGGGGAUGGGGUGGGGUGGGGGGGGGACAAUGCAAAUAGUCUGGGUAGCCAUGAUUAGCUGUUCAGGAGUCUUAUGGCUUGGGGGUAGAAGCUGUUAAGAAGCCUUUUGGACCUAGACAUAGCACUCCGGUACCGCUUGCCGUGCGGUAGUGGAGAGAACAGUCUAUGACUAGGGUGGCUGGAGUUUUUGAAAAUUUUUAGGGCCUUCCUCUGACACCGACUGGUAUAGAUGUCCUGGAUGGCAGGAAGCUUGGCCCCAGUGAUGUAGUGCCUUGCGGUCGGAGGCCGAGCAGUUGCCAUACCAGGCAGUGAUGCAACCAGUCAGGAUGUUGUCGAUGGUACUGCUGUAUAACUUUUUGAGGAUCUGAGGACCCAUGCCAAAUCUUUUCAGUCUCCUGAGGGGGAAUAGGCUUUGUCGUGCCCUCUUCACGACUGUCUUGGCUUGGUGUUUGGACCAUGAUAGUUUGUUGGUGAUGUGGACACCAAGGAACUUGAAGCUCUCAACCUGUUCCACUACAGCCCCGUCGAUGAGAAUGGGGGCAUGCUCAGUCCUCUUUUUUUUCCCCCUGUAGUCCACAAUCAUCUCCUUUGUCUUGAUCACAUUGAGGGAAAGGUUGUUAUCCUGGCACCACACGACCAGGUCUCUGACCUCCUCCCUAUAGGCUGUCUCAUUGUUGUCGGUGAUCAGGCCUACCACUGUUGUGUCGUCGGCAAACUUAAUGAUGGUGUUGGAGUCGUGCCUGGCCAUGCAGUCAUGGGUGAACAGGAAGUACAGGAGGGGACUGAGCACACACCCCUGAGGGGCCCCCGUGUUGAGGAUCAACGUGGCACAUGUGUUGUUACCUACCCUUACCACCUGGGGGCAGCCCGUCAGGAAGUCCAGGAUCCAGUUGCAGAGGGAGGUAUUUAGUCCCAGGGUCCUUAGCUUAGUGAUGAGCUUUGAGGGCACUAUGGUGUUGAACGCUGAGCUGUUGUCAAUGAAUAGCAUUCUGAUGUAGGUGUUCCUCUUGUCCAGGUGGGAAAGGGCAGUGUGGAGUGCAAUAGAGAUUGCAUCAUCUGUGGAUCUGUUGGGGCGGUAUGCAAAUUGAAGUAGGUCUAGGGUUUCUGGAAUAAUGGUGUUGAUGUGAGCCAUGACCAGCCUUUCAAAGCACUUCAUGGCUACAGACGUGAGUGCUAUGGGUCGGUAGUCAUUUAGGCAGGUUAUCUUAGUGUUCUUUGGCACGGGGACUAUGGUGGUCUGCUUGAAACAUCUUGGUAUUACAGACUCAGUCAGGGACAUGUUGAAAAUGUCAGUGAAGACACUUGCCAGUUGGUCAGCGCAUGCUCGGAGUACGCGUCCUGGUAAUCCGUCUGGCCGAGCGGCCUUGUGAAUGUUGACCUGCUUAAAAGUCUUACUCACGUCGGCUACGGAGAGCGUGAUCACAUAGUCAUCCUGAACAGCUGAUGCUCUCAUGCAUGCUUCAGUGUUGCUUGCCUUGAAGCGAGCAUAGAAGUGAUUUAGCUCGUCUGGUAGGCUCGUAUCACUGGGCAGCUCGUGGCUGUGCUUCCCUUUGUUGUCUGUAAUAGUUUGCAAUCCCUGCCACAUCCGACGAGCGUCGGAGCCGGUGUAGUAUGAUUCAAUCUUAGUCCUGUAUUGACUCUUUGCCUGUUUGAUGGUUCGUCUGAGGGCAUAGCAGGAUUUCCGGGUUAGAGUGUCCGGGUUAGAGUCCCGCUCCUUGAAAGCGGCAGCUCUACCCUUUAGCUCAGUGCGGAUGUUGCCUAUAAUCCAUGGCUUCUGGUUGGGGUAUGUACGUACGGUCACUGUGGGGACGACGUCAUCGAUGCACUUAUUGAUGAAGCCAGUGACUGAUGUGGUGUGCUCCUCAAUGCCAUCGGAAAAAUCCCAGAACAUAUUCCAGUCUUUGCUAGCAAAACAGUCCUGUAGCUUAGCAUCUGCGUCGUCUGACCACUUCCUUAUUAACCGAGUCACUGGUGCUUCCUGCUUUAGUUUUUGCUUAUAAUCAGGAAUCAGGAGGAUAUAAUUAUGGUCAGAUUUGCCAAAUGGAGGGUGAGGGAGAGCAUUGUACGUGUCUCUGUGUGUGGAGUAAAGGUGGUCUAGAGUUUCUUUUUCCUCUGGUUUCACAUUUAACAUGCUGGUAGAAAUGAGGUAGAACGGAUGUAAGUUUCCCUGCAUUAAAGUCCCCGGCCACUAGGAGCACUGCCUCUGGAUGAGCGUUUUCCUGUCUCGAGGUUUGCUCUACCUCAGGCGAGCAAACCUCGAGACUUCCUUAAUAUUAGAUUUUGUGCACCAGCUGUUGUUUACAAAUAUACACAGACCGCCACCCCUUGUCUUACUGGAGUCAGCCGUUCUAUCCUGCCGAUGUAGCGUAUAUCCCACCAGCUAUGUUAUCCAUGUCGUCGUUCAGCCAUGACUCUGUGAAACAUAAGAUUUGUAAUUUAUAAGAUAUUACAGUUUUGAAUGUCCUGUUGGUAGGAUAUCCGUGAUCGUAGGUCGUCCAUUUUGUUUUCCAAUGAUUGUACGUUGGCUAAUAGGACUGACGUCCACGAUAUCGCCGUCUCUUUCUCAUGCGAAUGACGGGGAUUUGGGCCUUGUCGGGUGUCUGUUGAAAAUCCUUCACGUCCAACUCGUUGAAUAAAAAUCUUUGUCCAAUACGAGGUGAGUAAUCACUGUCCUGAUAUCCAGAAGCUCCUUUUGGUCGUAAGAGACGGUGGCAGAAACAGUAUGUACAGAAUAAAUUACAAAUAACGCGAAAAAACAUACAUAAUAGCACAAUUGGUUAGGGGGCCGUAAAUGGCAGCCAUCUCCUCCGGCGCCAUUCUUUAUCUAAGUAAGCUUCAGAGAUAGUCAGAAUAUGAAUGUCAUCAUUUACUAGCAAGUUAUUGAUUUCAUGAACCUAGUUUCUUAAGCUACAUAUGUUAAUGUGGGCUAUUUUUUUUUCUGGGAUGCUUGAUUGUUUUUAUUGCUUUACUGGGAAGCUUAUCAGAAGUAUUUAUGUUUGAGCUGAUAGUGCAGGAUGAGCUGCACACAGUGGACUUCCUACUAGGGCACACCGCCUCAGUGCUAACAAUAUAACUCUGCUUCAUAGGCACAAGAUUACUGUAUACAAUAGCUGUAGGAUCGAUAGAGGCAUUCAGGGUAGGUAGGGGGACAUAAAUUAGGUUACUUACAUUGUGACUGCGAACUCUCCUUGAAUAAUGUACAUUUGCUGCAGCAUUACAACAACUCAGCGACACAAUGGUAGGGAUUAUCUGAGCUGGGCUUGGGUCAUUGAUAAGUAAUUGUCUCAACGCAGCCUUGAAAUGCGUGGACAGAGUCCAGGAGCCAAGAUGAUUUGGAUGAAUGCCAUCAUUUCUGUAGAGCAUCUUCUGUUUCCAGAAGGUGUCAAAGUUAUCUAUAAAAGUUAUUCCAGCAGAGCUACAGUAAUCUUUUAGCCAGGUGUGUAAUGCCAGUAGCAUGCUGAAUCUUUCACACCGGCGGCCCAACGAUGGUACCGGACCUGAAAUAAUUGGCUGCUUUUUCAAAUCUUUCAGAGCUAGAAUCAGUUCUUUAAAAUCCAUUUUCAGCAGUUCCAAGCUAGCCCUCCUAAUGUCGUUUGACCCCACAUGGACUACGACAGCGUCGGCUCUCUGAAGCUUUCGUAGAAUGGUCAGAAGCAGCCUUGUAAUGUAGGCGGGCCUGGAUUCCCCAGUAGCUCGUGUAAGUUCGCUACUUGUUUUCUAAGAGUAGCCACUGUGCCCCUGUAGUCCGUUGCUACAUUGAAAGUCCGGGCGGUCCACAUUCUCCCGGAAUAAAGCUGUGUAAUUCUCUCUUGGACAAGUUGAGAAUUCCCUGUCAAGAAGAGAGACACGGAAGCCCAGCUAGCCUGAAGCCUCAAAUUAAAUAAACAAAGCUCCUGCACCGUUGAAAACGUUUGUUAGCGUCCUCCAUUUGAGGUUUCAGGCUAGCUAGGCUAGCAAACUGGUCCCGGGGGACCUUCAGACGAGUCUUGUGAGGCCUGUGGGCGUCCUAGAGCAAAACAACCGACAUAUAGGCGUUUGUGAGAGUCUCACCUUUUUAGCCCACAGUGUAACCAGUGUAGGUAAACUGUUUGGACACUACAGAUCGGCUGUACCGACUUCAGACGAGUCCCAAGACGCUUGUGGGUCGUAGAGCAAAACGGGGAACACCAUUGUUGUUUGUGAGAGUCUCAUCUUUCCAUAGAGUCUGUAGGCCAAAACGUUCUGACGUUUUGGACGAUUUUGUGAGAAGAACGAUUUUCAGGAUGUCUCAUGGUCUGACAAACACCGCUCUAGCUCUGUCACCUUUCACUGCAGAUGCGGAAGUGCGACAUGAGCAGAUGCCGUGGAUUGAGACGCGUACAAUGCAAAAACAAAUCUCUCUAGCUUAAACUGCCGGAUGUGUAUCAUGCUAAUUAGAUUUCCACUAGGGUGCGGGCAAACUUUAGGGGGUUAAUUAAGCAUUAAAACCAACCCCCCACUCUAACAGCAUGGUUUAUGACUUAAUGGUGUAUUUUACCUCUAUAAUUAUUUAUCUUUACAUCAGGAUAAGGACUCUGCCCUCUCUCCUACGGAGAUCAAGACUCUCUUUAGUGUGUUUCCCUACAUGCCCUGGGGCGCAGACGUCUACACGGCGGUCUCAACCACAGACGAGGGCUACAUCUCUAAUCAUGGCUACAUGUGUAAAUGGACGUGAGUAAUGACCCUUUUCCCUUUGAAGCUAUCAUGGUAUGUACAGUGAGGGGAAAAAGUAUUUGAUCCCCUGCUGAUUUUGUACGUUUGCCCACUGACAAAGAAAUGAUCAAUCUAUAAUUUUAAUGGUAGGUUUAUUUGAACAGUGAGAGACAGAAUAACAAAAACGAUUUGCAUUUUAAUGAGGGAAAUAAGUAUUUGACCCCUCUGCAAAACAUGACUUAGUACUUGGUGGCAAAACCCUUGUUGGCAAUCACAGAGGUCAGACGUUUCUUGUAGUUGGCCACCAGGAUUGCACACAUCUCAGGAGGGAUUUUGUCCCACUCCUCUUUGCAGAUCUUCUCCAAGUCAUUAAGGUUUCGAGGCUGACGUUUGGCACCUCGAACCUUCAGCUCCCUCCACAGAUUUUCUAUGGGAUUAAGGUCUGGAGACUGGCUAGGCCACUCCAGGACCUUAAUGUGCUUCUUCUUGAGCGACUCCUUUGUUACCUUGGCCGUGUGUUUUGGGUCAUUGUCAUGCUUGAAUACCCAUCCACGACCCAUUGUCAAUGCCCUGGCUGAGGGAAGGAGGUUCUCACCCAAGAUUUGAUGGUACAUGGCCCCGUCCAUCGUCCCUUUGAGGCGGUGAAGUUGUCCUGUCCCCUUAGCAGAAAAACACCCCCAAACCAUAAUGUUUCCACCUCCAUGUUUGACGGUGGGGAUGGUGUUCUUGGGGUCAUAGGCAGCAUUCCUCCUCCUCCAAACACGGCGAGUUGAGUUGAUGCCAAAGAGCUCCAUUUUGGUCUCAUCUGACCACAACACUUUCACCUAGUUCUCCUCUGAAUCAUUCAGAUGUUCAUUGGCAAACUUCAGACGGGCAUGUAUAUGUGCUUUCUUGAGCAGGGGGACCUUGCGGGCGCUGCAGGAUUUCAGUCCUUCACGGCGUAGUGUGUUACCAAUUGUUUUCUUGGUGACUAUGGUCCCAGCUGCCUUGAGAUCAUUGACAAGAUCCUCCCGUGUAGUUCUGGGCUGAUUCCUCACCGUUAUCAUGAUCAUUGCAACUCCACGAGGUGAGAUGUUGCAUGGAGCCCCAGGUCGAGUGAGAUUGACAGUUAUUUUGUGUUUCUUCCAUUUGCGAAUAAUCGCACCAACUGUUGUCACCUUCUCACCAAGCUGCUUGGCGAUGGUCUUGUAGCCCAUUCCAGCCUUGUGUAGGUCUACAAUCUUGUCCCUGACAUCCUUGGAGAGCUCUUUGGUCUUGGCCAUGGUGGAGAGUUUGGAAUCUGAUUGAUUUAUUGCUUCUUUGGACAGGUGUCUUUUAUACAGGUAACAAGCUGAGAUUAGGAGCACUCCCUUUAAGAGUGUGCUCCUAAUCUCAGCUCAUUACCUGUAUAAAAGACACCUGGGAGCCAGAAAUCUUUCUGAUUGAGAGGGGGUCAAAUACUUAUUUCCCUCAUUAAAAUGCAAAUCAAUUUAAAACAUUUUUGACAAGCGUUUUUCUGGAUUUUUUUAUUGUAAUUCUGUCUCUCACUGUUCAAAUAAACCUACCAUUAAAAUUAUAGACUGAUCAUUUCUUUGUCAGUGGGCAAACGUACAAAAUCAGCAGGGGAUCAAAUACUUUUUUCCCUCACUGUAUCUCGGUGCACAUGUCUGUCAAUCAGUGUCAGAUAUGGGGGUAUUUCUGUCUAGAAUUUCAGUAUAAUCAAGUCAGUGAGAGUAAAUUAAUGUGUAAGGGUAUCUAGGUUAGAUCAGUGAUUGUUCCAGUCAUAGAGAUCCUAUUAAAUUGCUUGAAGGGCUAUGUCAUAAACCCUAAAGGUUCCAGAAUGGGGUGAAAAUGGCAGCCAUAUUAGUCAAUGGCAGCCAUAUUGGUCAGGGAGAAAUCCAAACCAUUCUAAUUGGAAUGAAUGGCAGAAGGGGCAUAAUCCUGAUUUUACUUAUGCAGAAAAAUAAAAGUAAGGCAUGUGAUAUAAUAUAAGGCAUGCAAUAUAAUGCCUAUUUUUCACAACAAAAUGACUAGUCAUGCUUAUCGGUCUAUAGGUUAAUUUGCAUAAUUGAGUGGAGUUAAAUUGCCACGUGUGUACAGUAUAUUCGUAUUUAUCACACGCGUACAGCAUACAGAUACAGAGCCCGAAUGGAAAAUGUGUCAGACAGCGUAAGAGCUGCUGCUACAGCAUCUUGUGGUGCUUUCAAGACAACUGGGAACUCAGAAAAAUAAGAGGUCAAAUCAUGACAUCCGUGAUCUUCAGGUCGGAAAGUCUGAGCUCUAGAAAGAGGCCCAAGUUUCCGAGUUGGAAUUCCGAGUUGGAUGACCGUACAAAAUAUUUUUCCCAGUCGGAGCUUGUUUUUUUCCCUAGUUGUCUUGAAUGCACUGAAGUCUGAGAUUUCCGAGUUCCCAGUUGUUUUGAACAAGGCAUUAAAACGGCAACGGAAGGCAUUCUUCAUCAGCGCAUCACACACCACUUUGCAAUGAGCUUGAGGCAGUAUGCAUAAUUCCACUGAAAUAGCUAGCAAGUUUACUAGAUAGCUACAGUAGUUGCCUUGGUAACCAAACAAACAGACUUGCUAGUUUAGCUAACCAAACCAUCCGUCCUAGCUUGCUAUUAAGAAAAUCGAAUUCAACAAUGCCAAAAGUCGAUUUUGAAAACGUUUGCUUUCAAAAGCUGCUCAAAACAUAGAACAUGUAAGAAUGAACUAUAGCCAUUGAAUUCUACCAUGCUAAUAUACUGUGCGCUAUAGGGAAAUAAUGCAUGCUCUAGAAUGCCGUUCAAGCCAAUCACAUGGUAUUCAACAAUGCCAUGGUAUUCAGACCCCUUGACUUUUUCCAAAUUUUUGGUAGAUUACAGACUUAUUCUAAAAUUUAGUAAAAAAAUAAUAAUAAUACAUCUACACACAAUAUCCCAUAAUGACAAAGCAAAAACAGGAUUGUAGAAAUUUCUGCUAAUUUAUUAAAAAUAAAAACUGAAUUUUAACAUUUACAUAAGUAUUCAGACCCUUUACUCAGUACUUUGUUGAAGCACCUUUGGCAGCGAUUACAGCCUCAAGUCUUCUUGGGUAUGACGCUACAAGCUUGGCACACCUGUAUUUGGGGAGUUUCUCCUAUUCUUCUCCGCAGAUCCUCUCAAGCGCUGUCAGGUUGAAUGGGGAGCCUCGCUGCACGGCUAUUUUCAGGUCUCUCCAGAGAUGUUCGAUCGGGUUCAAGUACAGGCUCUGGCUGGGCCACUCAAGGACAAGCCAGUCCUUCGUUGUCUUGGCUGUGUGCUUAGGGUCAUUGUCCUAUUGGAAGGUGAACCUUCGCCCCAAUCUGAGGUCCUGAGCGCUCUGGAGCAGGUUUUCAUCAAGGAUCUCUCUUUACUUUGCUCCGUUCAUCUUUCCCUCGAUCCAGACUAGUCUCCCAGUCCCUGCCGCUGAUAAACAUCCCCACAGCAUGAUGCUGCCACCAACAUACUUCACCGUAGGAAUGAUGUGAUGCCUGGUUUUCUCUAGACGUGACGCUUGGCAUUCAGGCCAAAGAGUUUAAUCUUGGUUUCAUCAGACCAGAGAAUCUUGUUUCUCAUCGUCUGAGAGUCCUUUAGGCUUCCAUCUGGGCACUCUACCAUAAAGGCCUGAUUGGUGGAGUGCUGCAGAGAUGGUUGUCCUUCUGGAAGGUUCUCCCAUCUCAACAGAGGAACUCUGGAGCCCUGUCAGUGUGACCAUCGGAUUCUUGGUCACCUCCCUGACCAAGGCCCUUCUCCCCUGAUUGCUCAGUUUGGCAGGGCAGGCAGCUCUAGGAAGAGUCUUGGUGGUUCCCAAACUUAUUCCAUUUAAGAAUGAUGGAGGCCACUGUGUUCUUGGGGACCUUCAAUGCUGUAGACUUUUCUGAUACCCUUCCCCAGAUCUGUGCCUCCAAACAAUCCUGUCUGAGUUCUAUGGACAAUUCCUUCGACCUCAUGGCUUGGUUUUUGUUCUGACAUGCACUGUCAACUGUGGGACCUUAUAUAGACAGGUGUGUGCCAUUCCAAAGCAUGUCCAAUCAAUUGAAUUUACCACAGGUGGACUCCAAUCAAGUUGUAGAAACAUCUCAAGGAUGAUCAAUGGAAACAGGAUGCACCUGAGCUCAAUUUCGAGUCUCAUAGCAAAGGGUCUGAAUACUUAUGUAAAUAAGGCAUUUCUGUUUUUAUUUUUUAAUACAUUUGCAAAAAUGUCUAAAAACCUGUUUUUGCUUUGUCAUUGUGGGGUAUUGUAUGUAGAUUGAUAAGGGAAAUGUUUUAUUUGAUCCAUUUUAGAAUAAAGCUGUAAUGUAACAAAAUGUGGAAAAAGUGAAGGGGUCUGAAUACUUACCGAAGCACUGUAGUUAUAGUUGAUAAGGAGUGUAAAGAAUUUGAAGUUAGGAUAGCCUGAACGUGAAAGUUGGUUUGGUGUCUCUAGCUCGAACGGUUCAAGAGUUAUGAUUGGUGAGUUAUAUUAUGCAAAUGUUUGUAGUUGAUAGAAGUUUGAAAGAAUUUGAAGUUAGGAUAGCCUGAACGUUUUAAAGUUAGUCUUGAAGCUUAAUUAACCAAGGAGCAGGACCAUUUUGAUUAGCUACUACUGUAUUCCUAUGGUUCUCAUUCAAACCCAUGUUAAUUUAUGCAAAUGUUAAAUGGUUAUAGUUCCAAAAGUAUACAUAGUAUCAAAUAUCCUUUGACAAGCCAUACAAGUUGGACCAGUCUGAACAUCUCAUUGUUGGUUUGGUGUUGAUGGCUUAAACAGUGUAGGAGGAGAUAGGUCUAGAAGUUUAGAUUUGUUUUUACAAUUAAAGUCUAUGGGCCUUUUUUUGCCAUUGAAAUGCAUUGGGAGCUCAUUUAAAUAUUGUUAUAGUUCAAAAAGUAUAAAUGCUAUCAAACAUAUUUGUUUCAAGCAAUUGUUGGGGCAGUCUUGACAUUUGGAAGUUGGUUUCGUGUUAAUCCUUUAGACCCCAAUAGAAUUCUAGAAUGUUGCCGUGUAGCUCAGUUGGUAGAGCAUGGCGCUUGCAACGCCAGGGAUGUGGGUUCGAUUCCCACGGGGGGCCAGUAUGAAAAUGUAUGCACUCACUAACUGUAAGUCGCUCUGGGCUGUCGACGCACACCGUAGGCUUGGUGCGUGGAGUAGGAACGGGCCGAACCGGGCUGACGACGCGCACCACAGACUUGGUGCGGAGAGCAGGAACGGGCCGGACAGGGCUGACGAAACGCACCACAGACUUGGUGCGGAGAACAGGCACGGGCCGUGCCGGACUGACGACGCACCCCACUGGCUUGGUGUGGGGAGCAGGAGCGGGCCGAGCAGGGCUGUCGAAGCGCACCCCUGACUUGGUGCGGGGAGCAGGAACGAGCCGAGCCGGGCUGACGACGCACACCACUGGCUUGGUGUGGGGAGCAGGAGCGGGCCGAGCCGGGCUGUCGAAGCGCACCCCUGACUUGGUGCGGGGAGCAGGAACGGGCCGAUCCGGGCUGACGAAACGCACCACAGACUUGGUGCGGGGAGCAGGAAUGGGCCGGACCGGGCUGGCGACGCGCACCACCGACUUGGUACGGAGAGCAGGAACGGGCCGGACAGGGCUGACGACGCGCACCACAGGCUCGGUGCGAGAGGCAGGAACAGGCCGAACCGUACUGGGGACACACGCCACUGGCCCUAUGCAGGGAUCAGGAACGGGCCGGACCGGACUGGUAAUACACCCCAGUACCUCUCGCCGUGCCUCCACACUUUCCCUCUCCUCUGUGACCAGUGGCCCCCUUAACCUGGCGGCCUCCUCUGCACACCCGCUGGACCGCUCCAUCGCGGCCUCCGGCUGCCCCGUCGUCCACGUUGUGAGCCCCCCCCUAAAAAUUUUCUGGGGUUCUCUCCUCCCCGUGGACCAGGCCUCCCUAGUUCUCGCCAGACUCUCACUCCACUGCUUCAAAGUCCAACCUUUCUGCUCUUCGCUUGGCUGGGCCCAGUUGAGACUCCUACUCCACUGAUCCCAGGUCCAUCCACUCUCCUCUUCACGCUGCUUGGUCCUGUCUUGGUGGUUUCUUCUGUCACGAUCGCUUAAGGAGGAGGACCAAUGCGCAGCGUUGAAUGCGUACAUAUUAUUUAUUAAACAGAUCACCCGAUCAAAACAACGAACGAAACGUGAAGUCCUUCGAUACACACAAACCAAAAGGAACAAGAAACCACAACACAAAGUGAAAAGACCGAUAGUUAAAUAUGGCUCCCAAUCAGAGACAACCAGCUGACACUCGUUGCCUCUGAUUGGGAGUCACUCAGGCCCACAUAGAUAUACAAACAUAGAUUACAUACCCUGGCUCAACAUAACAUAGUCCCCAGAGCCAGGGCGUGACACUUCCAUUGUGUAAAGACACUCACUAUCAGAAAACGAUUAACACUCAACGCAACAAAAAACCCUAAAGUAUUUCAAGUUUUCUUGGAUAACUGUGUGUGCUAUGAUAUGAUACAAUAUCAGUACUUUUGCAUUUACAACUUGUCUAAGUCCUAUCAUCAACUGAUUUCAGCCAGUGUAUGGCUGUGGAUUGACUGCAUUGUUUGAAUAGAAUGUUGGCAUAUUGGCAGUUAAUUAGAAACAUUUAUGGGAUCAUUCCUCUUAAACUGUCUGGCUUGCUAGCUAACAAACAUACAAUGCAGAUUCUUCAAAUUCAUUAUUUGACACAAUAUCUUAUCACAGCACUGGCAAACCAUGGUUGACCAACUCCCUGACCAAAAUGGCUGACCUUUAUCCCAUCAUAAAAAGGUUCAUGUCCGUUUUAGUAUUUGAAUUCCUAAUUCUGUGGUUCCUAUUCUGUUCUCUAUCUUCACUAAUGUGUCUUCCCUUUGUAUACAGGCUUUCAGCAUACCUUGACAUCCAUCGCUGCCUGGAGUACUUGGGAUACCUGGGCUACCCCAUCCUUACUCAGCAGGACUCCCAAACCACUGCAGUCACAGGUGUGUGUCUGCACACAUGUCAACACAUAAACCUAUAAACCUGUAAACUAGAACCUAUAAUCCUAGUGCCGUAGUAAACCUCACUCACUGUAGUUAGAGGAUUAGAACUAUAAUCUGGUUCAGUAUAGGUCCUACAGACAGAAUUAUAUAUAGUUUGUAUGCCUUCUGUGGAUGUACAGUCAUGGUCAAAAGUUUUGAGAAUGACACAACUUUAAUUUUCACAAAGUCUGCUGCCUCAGUUUUUAUGAUGGCAAUUUGCAGAUACUCCAGAAUGUUAUGAAGAGUGAUCAGAUGAAUUGCAAUUAAUUGCAAAGUCCCUCUUUGCCAUGAAAAUGAACUUAAUCCCCCAAAAACAUUUACACUGCAUUUCUGCCCUGCCACAAAAGGACCAGCUGACAUCAUGUCAGUGAUUCUCUCGUUAACACAGGUGAGAGUGUUGACGAGGACAAGACUGGAGAUCACUCUGUCAUGCUGAUUGAGUUAGAAUAACAGACUGGAAGCUUUAAAAGGAGGGUGGUGCUUGAAAUCAUUGUUCUUCCAUGGUUACCUGCAAGGAAACACGUGCCGUCAUCAUUGCUUUGCACAAAAAGGGCUUCACGGGCAAGGAUAUUGCUGCUAGUAAGAUUGCACCUAAAUCAACCAUUUAUCGGAUCAUCAAUAACUUCAAGGAGAGAGGUUCAAUUGUUGUGAAGAAGGCAUCAGGGCGCCCAAGAAAGUCCAGCAAGCGCCAGGACCGUCUCCUAAAGGUGAUUCAGCUGCGGAAUCGGGGCACCACCAGUGCAGAACUUGCUCAGGAAUGGCAGCAGGCAGGUGUGAGUGCAUCUGCCAUCAGUCAGGAUGUGGCCCAGAAGUUAAUUGACAGCAUGCUAGGGCAGAUUGCAGAGGUCUUGAAAAAGAAGGGUCAACACUGCAAAUAUUGACUCUUUGCAUAAACUUAAUGUAAUUGUCAAGAAAAGCCUUUGACACUUAUGGAAUGCUUGUAAUUAUACUUCAGUAUACCAUAGUAACAUCUGACAAAAAUAUCUAAAAACACUGAAGCAGCAAACUUUGUGAAGAGCAAUACUUGUGUCAUUCUCAAAACUUUCGACCACGACUGUACAAUGACUCUGAAAGUUUAACUUUGAAUAUGCAGUUUGACUGGUGUGGAGACUGAAUGUGUGGUUUAGUUAGUAUAUGGGCUGCUAGCACAGAAUUUACACAUUUGAGGAUAUCAAUAAUAAUGCCAUAGUCGCAUCCUUCAAUUGGUCAAUUAACCUCAAUGUCACGAUCGUCUUCAAAAUGAGCGGACCAAGGCGCAGCGUGAUAAGCGUACAUACUUUAUUAUGUAAAGCGCACACACGAAAACGAAACAAAACACGAUCGUAACGUCCUCAGUGACUACUACUGAACAGGAACACGUAACAUAGAACAAUGGAACAAAAACCCACAACCACAAAGUGAAAACACACAGUUUAAAUAUGGCUCCCAAUCAGAGAUAACGAGCCGACAGCUGACACUCGUUACCUCCGAUUGGGAGUCAUUGACCAAAUAAGGAAACAUACCAAAACCAAACACAACAAAUGAAACACACCCAUCCCCAACACCACCAAAUGAAAUACACCCUGGCUCAACAAACAGUCCCGGAGCCAGAGUGUGACAGUACCCCCCCCCCAAAGGCGCGGACUCCGACCGCGCCUAACCCAAAAAAUGGGGAGGGCUGGGUGGGUGUUGCUCCUCGGAGGCGGCUCUGGCACUGGUCGUGGUCCCCACCCCACCAUAGUCACUACCCGCUUUAGUAGCCUCCUCCAUUUGACCACCCUACAACCUAACCCACCUGGAUUAAGGGGCAGCACCGGACUAAGAGGCAGCACCGGACUAAGGGGCAGCACCGGACUAAGGGACAGCACCAGGAUAAGGAGCAGCACCGAGCUAAGGGGCAGCACCGGACUAAGGGGCAGCACCAGGAUAAGGAGCAACACCGAGCUAAGGGGCAGCACCGGACUAAAUGGCGGAUCCUGGCUGGCUGGCUCUGGUGGAUCCUGGCUGGCUGGCGGAUCCUGGCUGGACGGCUCUGGCGGAUCCCGGCUGGACGGCUCUGGCGGAUCCCGGCUGGACGGCUCUGGCGGAUCCCGGCUGGACGGCUCUGGCGGAUCCCGGCUGGACGGCUCUGGCGGAUCCCGGCUGGACGGCUCUGGCGGAUCCCGGCUGGACGGCUCUGGCGGAUCCCGGCUGGACGGCUCUGGCGGAUCCCGGCUGGACGGCUCUGGCGGAUCCUGGCUGGACGGCUCAUGGCUGGCUGACGGAUCUGGCUGCCCAUGGCUGGCUGACGGAUCUGGCUGCUCAUGGCUGGCUGACGGAGCUGGCUGCUCAUGGCUGGCUGACGGAUCUGGCUGCUCAUGGCUGGCUGACGGAUCUGGCUGCUCAUGGCUGGCUGACGGAUCUGGCUGCUCAUGGCUGGCUAACGGAUCUGGCUGCUCAUGGCUGGCUGACGGAUCUGGCUGCUCAUGGCUGGCUGACGGAUCUGGCUGCUCAUGGCUGGCUGACGGAUCUGGCUGCUCAUGGCUGGCUGACGGAUCUGGCUGCUCAUGGCUGGCUGACGGAUCCUGGGGACGCACACAAGGCCUAGUGCGUGGUGCCGGAACUGGUGGUCCGGGGCUGAGGACACGCAUCUCAGGGCUAGUGCGGGGAGCAGCAACAGGACGCACAGGACUCUGGAGACACACAGGAGGCUUGGUGCGAAUAGCCGGAACGGGCUGGACCAGGCUGGCGACUCGCACCCCUGGUUUGGUGCGAGUGGCAGGAACAGGCCGGGCCGGGCUGGCGACGCACACCGUAGGUUUCCUACGUGACGCAGGGACAGGCCGGGCUGGGCUGGCGACGCACACCGUAGGCUUCGUACGUGGCGCAGGAACAGGCCGGGCUGGGCUGGCGACGCACACCGUAGGCUUCCUACGUGGCGCAGGGACAGGCCGGGCUGGGCUGGCGACGCACACCGUAGGCUUCGUACGUGGCGCAGGAACAGGCCGGGCUGGGCUGGCGACGCACACCGUAGGCUUCCUACGUGGCGCAGGGACAGGCCGGGCUGGGCUGGCGACGCACACCAUAGGCUUCGUACGUGGCGCAGGAACAGGCCGGGCUGGCGACGCACACCGUGGGCUUGACGCGUGGAGUAGACACAGGCCGGUCCGUACUGGGAACACACACCACUGGCCUUAACCGGGGCUCAGGAACGGGCCGGACCGGACUGGUAACACACUUCAGUCUCUCACGCCGUGCCACAACAACUUCCCUCCCUCUACUCGCCAAUGGCUCCCGUACUCCGGUAGCCUUCUCUCCACGUCUACCUGUGGCAGCCUCCUGCUGCCCAGCCGCCCAAGCCAUGUGCCCCCCCCAAAAAAUUUAUUGGGGUUGCCUCUCGUCCUUCCGACGAUGGCCCUGCCGACGCCGUUGCUCCUCUCUCCGUCGCCUCUCCACAGUUUCGCUCCAUGGACGGCGAUCCAUCCCAUCCAGGAUCUCCUCCCAAGUCCAGGACCCUUUUCCGUCCAAAAUCUCCUCCCAUGUCCAGACCCUAGGCUCCUGGACACGCUGCUUGGUCCUUUGAUGGUGGGUUUUUCUGUCACGAUCGUCUUCAAAAUGAGCGGACCAAGGCGCAGCGUGAUAAGCGUACAUACUUUAUUAUGUAAAGCGCACACACGAAAACGAAACAAAACACGAUCGUAACGUCCUCAGUGACUACUACUGAACAGGAACACGUAACAUAGAACAAUGGAACAAAAACCCACAACCACAAAGUGAAAACACACAGUUUAAAUAUGGCUCCCAAUCAGAGAUAACGAGCCGACAGCUGACACUCGUUACCUCCGAUUGGGAGUCAUUGACCAAAUAAGGAAACAUACCAAAACCAAACACAACAAAUGAAACACACCCAUCCCCAACACCACCAAAUGAAAUACACCCUGGCUCAACAAACAGUCCCGGAGCCAGAGUGUGACACUCAACCGACCUCCCAGUGAAAUCUAAUGGGAUUGUUUGAAGCUAAAACCUGCAUCCACAAGGGUGCUUAAGGAACGCUGGUUGUGUGUGUGUGUGUGUGUGUGUGUGUGUGUGUGUGUGUGUGUGUGUGUGUGUAAAAUUGAGGGCGUGGCUGCAUGCUGUAGCAGGAUUAGGGUAGGGUGAUGUAAUGUAAGAGUCUCAUUGGCGCUAAUGCUCUCACACACACUCAGCCUGUGCGGCGGAGGUGAGCAGGUUUAGCUGACCCUGCUAUAAAUGUGGGAGUGGGCCAAAAGCUCAAAUGAUUCCAAAACUCCCAAGGUUACUCUUAACUCCACCACCUUAGAUCAGAUUUUGCAUUCCCCUACAUUAACCAAGGGGAAAUAUGAUUGUUUUAAAUGCUUUGAUAGUACUUCAUCUUAUUAAUCAACGGUUCCCUGUCCCUGCUAUGUGUCUGUCUGUUUGUUGGUGUGUGUGUGUGUGUGUGUGUGUGUUGUGUGUGUUGGUGCUGUCCGUAUGUGUGUGGCUCUGCAGUGACGCGGGAGAAGGCCGUGGACCUGGAGAAGGGCCAGACUCAGCGGUCAGUGUUCCUAUGUAAAGUGAUUGGACCGCGGGGGACUGGGAAGUCUGCGUUCCUCCAGGUCUUCCUUGGCCGAAACACAGUGGUACGGUCGUCACACUAUUGUUUGCCUAAAUAUUAUUUUGACUAAAUAGCGAUACAGAAUUCCUUGAGGAACUGUUUAGUACUUUACUCUUCAUUGUAAGACCAUUCUGCAUUAUUAAUAUGAUGUGUUCGAGCUGAGAAAUAAUGUUGAAAACCUACCUUAACUACAAGCAUUACUACAGCUAAUGAUGAGGGUAACGGUCUGUGUGUUUAUUUCAGCGAGAGGAGCAUUCCACCGGUGCCUUUUCCUUCUACACCAUAAACACUGUCCAAGUUAGCAACCAGGAGAAGUUCCUCAUCGUGAGUACAUCAACUCUGACCCCUGACCUUUGGUAGAGUAAAGUAGCCUCACCUCCCAUCUGUCGUCUUUCCCUGGCAGCUCUACGAGGUGGACGUGGAAACUGAGUUCCUAAAGGCGUCGGAUGCGGCGUGCGACGUAGCAUGUCUCAUGUAUGACACAAACGACCCCCACUCCUUCGACUACUGUGGCAGUAUAUACAAGGUGAGCAGCAUCUCAUGUCUGCUUCAGAGCUUCUCUGGUUUUCACAAAGGAACAGAAUGUAUUUCAAUGAAAUGAUCAGGAAUCUGUUCUUCAAUGUUCUUUACUCUUCUUCUGUCCUUCCCUCUUUCUCUUCACCACACCCCAUUUCUCUUCAUCCACAUAUAUCUAUGUCUUAUCUGUAGCAACACUACAUGGACAGCAGUAUUCCCUGUGUAGUGGUGGCCUCCAAGGCAGACCUCCCCGAGGUGAGACAGCUCCACGGGAUGACCCCGGCAGAGUUCUGCUACAAACACCGGCUGCCUCCGCCACUCCCCUUUUCCGGCCUGUCCCUGGACUCCACCAGCAAGAACAUCUACACCAAGCUGGCCUGGGCCGCCAUGUUCCCGUACGCAUUAGUACACUGACUGUCACAUUUGGCUAACAGUUAUCUCUGUUUAUCACCAUUUCAUCUAUAGUUUGGCGUUUCAGUGUUGAGAAACUAGAAAUUCAUGUCACUUUUUAGUUUAUACUCUGUAGUGGUCUGUACCUUUAUGCUGUUUCAUUUGUCAGUUCAUUGAUUACUUUGUCUCCCCCCCACAGACACCUGAACGACUCCGACAUAAGCAACACCUCCUUCUGGCUGAGUGUGACGCUAGGAGCAGCAGUGGUCACAGUCCUAGGCUUCGCCUUCUACAGAGCUUUCGCCCGACAUAAAUAA